AUGGAGACACAAAUCUACGCGGGCACGAAGAGGAAAUCUCUCCGCAUAGCGCGAAGACACAGAUCUCCACGCUCCGUGAACGCGGAGACAUGGGUCUCCAUGCAGCGCGGAGAGCCUCCUCGUGCAAGGAGAGAGCCUCCGCGUGCGUGGAGAUUUUUUCGCACAGCGCGGCAUGUCUCCGUCUCCAUGCUACGCGAAGACCAGCGUGGAGAAACGAUAUGUUCAAAUUCUGGGGUUAUCAGGAGCAGCAAGCUCAGCCACACCUACAAGAAGUGCCCAGAGAUUGAUGUUAAGGAGUAUCUUGUGGAUCCCAGCAAGUUUGCAGUUGAUGCUGUUUCGGCUACAGCUGUUGAUUCUGGUAGUGCACCGGCUCCAUCUGCCGAGGAGGAGAAGAAAGAGGAGUUGGAUGAAGAGUCUGACGAUAACAUGGGUUUCUUUUUAUUACAGCAGUUCAAUGGCUAUUAG